AUGGGAGCUUUUCGAGUCUUCGUCGUCGCCCUCCUCUUCUUUGGAGCAGCAGAGUCUCAGGAUUUUGACCUCGGGGAUGCCUUAGCUGAGCCAGAACGCCCACAAAGAAACAAGGAGGAAGGACGGUGUCCAAAUGAUGCCCGAGAUAUUGUCCUUGUGAUUGACGGUUCCAGCAGCAUGAGAUCCUCAGAAUUCAUGCAACUGAAGGAGUUUGUCACACGCACCAUGAAAAGCUUUCCCAACAAUACACAGUUCGCCCUCCUGCAGUACUCCAGCCACUUCCAGGAGCACUUUGACUUCAAGCAAUACUAUCGAAAUCCAGAUCCGGAUCACCUGCUCAGCCAGGUUAAGCAGCUGGGAGGAGCCUCGCACACAGCCUCGGCCAUCAGGAAUGCCGUAAGGGACCUGUUCCUCCCUCACAGAGGUGCCCGCAACACAGCCACCAAGAUUCUCGUGGUAGUGACGGAUGGGCUGAAAUCUGGGGACCCCUUAAGCUACCCAGAGGCUGUCGAACCAGCAGAGAGAGCCGGAGUUGUGCGCUUCGCCAUUGGGGUUGGUUUGGGCUUCAAAAGCACGACUGCACGGGAGGAGCUCCACGCCAUCGCCUCCCACCCGGCUGCUGAACACACGUUGUUCGUGAGACACUUCACAGGCCUCUGGGGCACCCCUCGCCAACUGCACGAGAAGAUUUGUUCCAGACGCGGCCCAGCUGUUCCACAGCCCGUCAUUCCACCACCCGUCAUUCCACCGAAGUCACCGGACACCUGUGCUUCACACUCGGAUCCACAGGUACUGCAAAAACUGGAGCAGGUGUUGAGCGGCCUGGAUGCGAUCAAUGCCAAACUGGACUCUCUGGCCAUCAGACAGGGGAAAUGUGGCGCCAUCUGCGCGCAACUCAACCGGUUCGGGGGCUUUCAAGCCGGCUUGAGCCCCGGCACCUUGCAGCCGACCCAGCCGCUUUACGAAAGACGCGCGAACGCCGCUUCGGAAAUCCCCGUUCCCCCUCGGCUACGUUCGGCUCCCCUUCGGAGCCGUCCGGAAGGUUCCGAGACGUCCGACGGCCCCAUCAUCUCCGCUCGGACAUUUCCGUCCACGCCCGUCACCGCGGGCUCUUCCCCCCCCUCCUGCGGCCGAUUGUUCUCGUGUUUGUUCGGCUGUUUCCGGUUCCGUUCGGGCGAUUCCGUCUCCGCUCAGCCUCCGGAGCGGCAACAGCGGCAGAAGCCUCCGUGGGAUGGAAGAGCAGAGCUGUGCCUGGCGUCGCACGCAAUGCGGGAGGAGCAGAGAUCGAGGAGGGGAGGAGGAGGAGACUUCGAGGUCCUGAGUUCAAAUUCAGACCCAUUUAUAACCCCCCCCCAAUUUCUCCCCCUGCUCCAAGAGCCCCAGCGGGUGCAGGAGGUGGGCACUCCCUCUGGCCCAGACCCCCCCAGAGACCCUGACCCCGAGGAGACGAUCCGAAACCUGCAGGUCCAAUUGGCGGCUGCCUUGGCUGAGGUGGAAACCGUCCGGGCUGUGGCAGCCGUGAGCGAAAGCACCAAGCAUGAAGCCGUGGAGGCUGUCCGGCGUCAGUGCCAAGAAGAGGUAGCCUCACACCAGGCUAUUCUGAAAGACACCAUCUCCAGUUAUGAGGCCCGCCUUUCGGCUCGAGAGCGCGACAGCUGGGAGAAUGUGUGGAGCCGCCUCCUGCCCAGGAGCAACCCAUUGGACUCCUUGGAGAAACAGAUGGAAAAGGCACAGGAAGACACAGAGCGGCUCCGGGCCAUUGUGCUGCCAAUGGAGCAGGAAAUCAACGAGCUGAAGGGGAAGCUGGCCCGGGCCGAGGGGCUGGUUCAGGAGCUGCAGGGCGAGCAGGGCGGGCUCUUCAGCUCAUCUGAAUCCCUGGUCACUGACCCAGUACCCCCCGAGGGACCAGGAGAUGACCACGUUGCUUCGGAGGAAGGAGGAGUGGCCGAGAAAUUUGCCUCGGGCUUCGACAGUGUCUCCAUUGCCUCUUCCUCCUUGCUGGUACCGAGCCCUGGGCCCCCGGUCCGGCGCAGACGGUCCCCCAGCCCCGAGACGGUAUCCAUUGCCUCCUCCAGUGGAACCCUGGUGCCGGAGACCAUCUACCUGCCGCCUGCUGGGUACCAGCUGGUGCCGGACUCAGAAUGGACACAGCUUCACAACAAGGUGUGGCAGCAGCGGGAGACUGUGGAGAAGGCAUUGCGGGACAAAGCCAGCUUGGAGGUGAUUCUGAAACGCAGCAGCGAGGACUGCAACAAGCAGGUCCAGGUUCUUCUCGCCCAGGUCCGAAGCUCUGAGGAGCUUCUCCGAGGCCUCCAGAACACGGUGAGCAAGAGCCAGAUGCAGACUCAGGAGCAGCUGGCUGACCUGGCUGCAUCUCACAAGCGUCUGAGCUACGAAAUGCAGCGGCUCAGCUCCGAAAAUGAAGGGUUGCGCAGAGUUUCUUCCCGAGACUCUGCCGACAAGGACCGGCGCACGCCCAGCCCCAUCCAGGACCUCCAGAGCGUGGUGAGCCAGCAGAGGCUGGAGAGUGAAUCCCAGCUUCGGUGUGCGGAGCACCAGGCCGAGCGUCUGCGGAUAGAGAUUGUGUCCCUGCGGGAGAGGCUCGACCAGGAGAUAGAAGCCCGGUCCGGAUUGCAAGGGGAGCUGGAUAGAGAGCGAGAAGAAAGAGAACUCUUGCAAGCCUCUUUUAACAGCAUCCAAAGUGAAAUGGAAAGACUGCAGCAAGGGCAGGAAGAGGCGAGUGGGAGCCAGGCGCAGAUUGAUGCUUCUUCCACGGAAGAAGCCAGCGGCGGCCAGGAUGGAAAUAAGCCUUAGGGUGAAGGUGGGGAGAGUUCUCCUCCCAGCUUCAUGGGAACCUCAGGGAAACCAGGAUAUGUUGUACACCAAAG